AAGCGACAACGACAACAAACUUCCUCGUGCCAUUCCCUUACACGGUCAAACUUCGUACUCGGUGUCGUGGUCGUACUCUUGCUAAAGCUCAUUUAUAGUAAAUGGGAGAGUGAAUACAUGAUGUAUUCUCUUGACGAAAUAGCUUCAUACACAAAUGAUUAACACUAAUUGAGACAAGCAGUCAUGGAUUUUAAGAAUUUGAUGAACUUAGCUUCAAGCAAUCAGAUUAAUGCCACCUCUCAGAUUAGCAAGAAGAAGUCAAGAGUUGAUGGUUCAGUUAAGGUGUCGAAUGAUGCUGUGAAAGCUUUCGUAGCUCGUCAGAAUAAGGAGAAAGUAAAGCAGAAAGAACUGGAAGAAGCUGCGAAGAGAGCGAGAAUCAGCGCAAGACUCAAUAGCGCAAAACAAAUAGGAAAUUGCACCUCUAAAACUCCGUCUAAUGAGACUAAAAAGCAUCAAGUUGCAAAAAGUGAAACAAAGCAAACUUUGAAAAAUAUUGUUACUGUUUCGCCUAGCAAUUGCCCAAGUUCAUCGUCAAUUAUUUCUACAUCACGUGGUGAAGUUAAUAAAGAACGAAGCGUUCAGAAAAACAAACAUAAGAAGAAAACAGAAAUUGAUUCGAAACAUGUUAAAACUGCUGUUAAUAAAUCAAAAAAAUGUACACCUGCGUCAAAGAUGAGUUUCGAAGAGUUGAUGAACUUGGCUAAAAAGCGAACAGAUAACUCCGAAUCUUUUCAUGACAUUCGUAGCACAAAUUUGAGGCAUACUGAAGAUGUUUCACGCACUGGAACAACGAAUUUGGAUAAAAAAACAGUAAAAACAUCAAAGAGUAAUUUUGUUGAUACAAAACGAUCUUCAGGGCGAACGGCUAAUGCGUUUGUUGAAAAGAAAAUCCAGUCGGGAUCAGGGGAUCGGAAGCCAUCGGUUGUAAACAAUGUUAGUGCUAAAAAGCUUGCAAAAGCUGUGGGUAAUGCAAAUGACAAACCGAAAGUAAUGACAAUUGAGCGGCGAACAAUUUCUCAAAAGGAAUACGGCUGUUCAACAUCUAGCAGAUAUCUUGGUAGUUCAAAUGAAUUUUUUCGACGUAAAAGACGUUUAAAAGAAUGCGAGGAGGAUGAUAUUGACGAUAUGGAUGAAUUUAUCGAUGAUAGCGAGGACGCACCUGAGACAGUUUCGAAUUAUAUUCGAGAGAUAUUUGGAUAUGACAGAAACAAGUAA